AUGUUACUUGAUAGUGGACAGAAAACGCACUUUUAUUACUUUUACUACUUGCCAUAAAAGUCUUCUAUCAUUUCUACUUAAAAGCAAUAGUUAUUCUCUAAGAAUGAACGGUUCUAUUAACUUGGUAGCAAAUUAUUUCAACAAUGUUUCGAAUAAUAUUGUUUUAAUAAUCUUGUUUAAGCCACUUAUUACUUUCAACGCAUGUGCGAAAAAUUCUCAAAGUCGAGAAUUUUUUCCGCGAAGCUCUUAGCACCCAGUGGGGAUCGCGUGGCGCAUGGCGGCCUGCACUCUCGCCUACACAUGGAUCCGCGUGUGCUACCGUGCGUUGGAGAGAGCCACCCUGAAGGAGGGGUGUCCACCAUAGAGCGUGUCGCGCCGCCGGAGGAACGGUCGGGAGUGAUCAACGGUUAGGGGGUGUGAUCGGGGUGGCGAGGGGAUUGACGGGGAGAAAUCGAGGGUGGUACGCCUCGGCAUCGUGGCCGUCGCGAUGACGUUGGUGACGUCGAUCGGUGGCGCUGCCGAUGCUUUUACCCUCCAACGUAUGUACGUGGGGGUGCGCGGGUGAGUUUGUAUUUGUACGACGAUUAUAGUGACGUACGUAGGGCACGCUCGCGGGGUAGGGACGUAACUCACGGUGACGCUUCCACGAAGGUAGCGCCAAUGAUGGAGGAGCCGGCGAAGGUGGUCGUGGUGGUGGUUACUGGUCUCGAUGGUAGUGGUAGCAAAGGGUGGCCCUCUCUCGCUCGGUCGUAGCCGGCAUUAGAGCACUCUCUGAGUACGCGUGGAUCCGUCGCGCCGCCGUGCCGAGACGCUCCUCCACGGCGACGCGGUGGUGGUAUACACUCCGGUGUACACAGAUGCAUACAAACACGCCUGCGUGCCGCCGAACGGGGGAGUAAUCACGGUCUCGCGCAAUCGCAAGUGUAUACACGUGUGUGUAUGUGUGUGUAUGUGUGUGUAUGUGUGUGUACGCGUACGUGGGGUGGCUGGCCCGUGUUCGACUGCGCGAACGAGGAGGACAGAGGUAGAAAAGGUGAAAGAGAGAGGGAGAGAAAGAGAUAGAGAGAGAGAAAGAGAGGGAGGGAGAGAAAAGAGCAAGCGGGGAAAAGACACGGAGAGGGUGGGUAAGGGCGCGAGGGUGGCGGCGAACGCCGGUGGCGGUAGCGGCGGCGGCGACGGUAGCGGCGGUAGCGGCAUCAGUGCACGGAAGUGGCUGUGCUCCGGUAGUGUGGACGGUGGAUAGUGUAGUGCGGUUGGUCGAUUGGAUCGGUUGGUCGGUUGGCCGGUGGUUGAUUCGCCGUCCGUCUCGCGUUGCCGUCGUGCCUCACCGAUAGCCGGGCGGAACGACGUCCACGGGCAUCAUCGUCCACGAGGCGCGGACGGCGAGACGACGACGGGACUCCCGCAAGAAGGCAGAGAAAGAGAGAGAGAGAGAGAGAGAGAGAGAGAGAGAGAGAGAGAGAGAGAGAGAGAGAGGCAAGAGAAUGAGAUCGAUAAGGAGGAACCUUAGGCGCUGGUUUCGCGAAACGGGAAUGACGGUGCGCGACGCGUAAAGAGAGAGGAGAGAGAGAUAUAUACCGCUUCUCCUCUCCUCUUCUUCCGCCGCCCGAAGUUGUGCGCGCGCGCGCGCGUGUGUGUUUGUGUGUUUGUGUGUUUGUGUGUGUGUGCGUGUGGUGCGCCGACGAUAAGCGCACGCGACGGAAGCGAGACACACGCGUGCAGUACGCGCGCACACCUACUCACGCAGGCGCGAGUGCGCGCGUGCGAACGAGCGAGCGAGUGAGCGAGCGAGCCGUCGCGCCGGCACACGAGGGUGGAACGAGGUCCGCGAGGAAGGGAAACGCGGCCGGCUCGGUUCGUCGACUUGGCUGGCUCGCGAAAGGGCGGUUCUUGGAUCCGGAUCCGGAGCGCCGCGACCGGAGGCCGAGGGAGAGAGAGAGAGAGAGAGAGAGAGAAAGAGAGGGAGAGACAGAUCGGAAGAGGGAAAAACAAAAGAGAGAGAAAGAGAGAGAGAGAGGUUCGUUCAUUCGCGUCGGCUCAGCAAGACAGGAAGGUGGAGGAAGAGGGAAUCGACUGCUACUUUUUUUCUCUCUCUCUCCCCCUCGAUCUCUAUUUGCCCUCGCUCGAUGGGCUACGCCGCCGAAAGAAGGUCAAAGAUCGAUUCUCGGGCCGACGAGGGUCGUGACCUCGUCGUACGCCGCCGCCGAGUACGAAGUGACCCACGCGCGUAGUAGUACUAUCCGCUAGUAGUAGUACGCCGGCCAGAAGCGCGGAAGAGUUGUACUCGGCGAGGUGGUGAGGUGGCGGUGUGGCGGUGGGUGGCGAGAGGAUCGAUCGGGCGGAGGAUCAUCGUCGCGAUACGAGGAUGUGGUCGAUCGACCGGCGGAGAAGGAACCGAACCGGCGGCUUCUGUUGAGGUGAACGACGUACGGCACACGGCAGCCGGUCUCUAGCGUGGAGGAGAACGAGGACCGAGACGAUCUUCACGCCUUCUUCACGUCAAUGCACGUCGUCCGCGGACGCGCCAUCGCACGUAGAGUAGAAAGGUCCGCGCGCAUCCUGGGACACGCCGCUGUCGCGUUUGCGAUUUGGCGUAGAAGAUCGCGGAGGCGUAAGACGAACGUAGAGAUACCGUCGACGACAUUAUCGUCGUCGUCGUCGUCGUCGUCGUCGUUGUUGUCGUUAUCGUCGUCGGCCAUAGCCGGAUGCUGGAGCACGAAGUUGGGGACGGAGCGAGGAACGAGUCGCCUAAGGAAAGGCGAUCGUCGAGAUUCCGGCGUGCGAGGCAACACAUCUACAUCCUCCGUAGGCUGUUACCCUAACUGAAAGCUCGGAUAGACCGGACGGACGUCCCGCUGCGAUCGGACGGGAAAACGCUCGUUGAUCGAAUCACCCGGGCGGAUAAUCGGGCUGAUAUGAGCGUAAAGACGGACGAGGGUGACGAGAGACAGGGGAACUCUGGCAAGGCGUGACAAAGCGACCGCUUUGGAAAUUUCCAAGUCCGAAUUCUAUAGGAUCUUUUUGGAAAGUCGGGGGAACGAGCGUUGCCACGAGGCCGAGGAAAGGAGACAGAGAGGCGGAUCGUAAGGGCGAGAGAAUCGUGGGAAAUCGUGGAGGACGGGAAGAGGAGGACGGAAUAGAGACGAGACGAGACGAGACGAGACGCAGACGAGACGAGACGAGACGAGACGAGACGCUGACGAGACGACGACACUGACUCUAAGACGUUUUCUCGCGCCUACGACGAGGAGGAGGAGGAGGUACGGCUACUGGCCGAGGUUUCCCGUAGAAUGUCACGGGACCCUUACUCGAGCAGUGGCGUGAUCGGUCCCGGUGGUGGCACACGUUCACCACGCAGCGGUCGUCGCGUAGGCGAACUGCCGACCGUCGAUCGCAGUCCGUCGCGAAGUUAUGCCAGCGGUCGUGGCAGCCCGCUUGGUGGUCGCAAGCAACGGGGAACACGCAGUGGCAACAAUUCGCCGGAGCAUCUAGGCUACGGCUACCAUCACCAUCAGCUGGGCAGCCCGUACUACUCCCGCGACGAGGACCUCGGCAGUCCCGUGAUGCUCGAGGAGAGGGGCAGGAGUAUGUCGACCGGGGGCGGUGGGGGCGGACAUCACCGAUCCAGAAGCGCCUCGAGACCCGCCAUGUCCAGCUCGGCGGGCAUGGUAGCGCGUUACACCAGCCUCGAUCGUGCCUCCGCUGGGGUUCUCGACCAUGAUCGGGAAUUCAUGCCGAUACGCGAGCCGAGCCGCGAUCGUAGCCGCGAUCGCGGGCUCUACCUCGAGGACGAGCUCUACGGUUCCAGGUCGGCGCGUCAAAGUCCGAAUCCGCACAUGCUGCGCGACGGCGGAAUCUACAUCGGUGAGCUCCAGCACCAGAACAACGAUCUGCAGCGCGAGCUCGGCAACCUGAAGAAGGAACUCGAGCUGACGAACCAGAAGCUGGGCAGCUCGAUGCACAGUAUCAAGACCUUCUGGAGUCCGGAACUCAAGAAGGAACGGGCGCUGCGCAAGGAGGAGAGCACCAAGUAUAGCCUCAUCAACGAACAACUCAAGCUGCUCAACUCGGAGAAUCAGAAACAAAGUCUAAUGGUUCGUCAACUGGAAGAGGAGCUCAGAAUGAGGAUGCGCGGGCCGAGCGUCGAGAUGCAGCAACAAAUGGAAGUUUUGUACAAUGAGAACGAGCAUCUGACUCGCGAAAUUGCCAUACUUCGUGAUACAAUAAAGGAGCUGGAAUUAAGAAUAGAAACGCAAAAACAGACGCUGCAAGCUCGUGAUGAGAGUAUCAAGAAGCUCCUGGAGAUGCUCCAGAACAAGGGGAUGGGAAAAGAGGAGGAAAGGAUCAUGUUCCAGCAGAUGCAGUCGAUGGCCCAGAAGCAGACACGUUCUUGCCCAUCACGACUUACCGCUAUCAUCGCCAAUCGUCGUUAUCGAUGCACGAGCAGCGGGACGGUCCGAAAGUCGUCAAGUCGCGUCAAGGCGAGCCGAUUCCAGGCGAAUAAUGGGAGGACUUUGCGACUGUUUGGCACCGGCCUGAUGCGAGAUGCGAUAAUACGACGUCGUUCUCCUCGCGAGCUCAAAGCGACGAACGAGAGCCUGAAGAGCCUGCAGACGCAGCUGGAGCUCGCGUACGCCUCGACCGCGUCCUCGGGACAGCCGGUGAUCGGCGGUGGUGGCAUCAGCGGAUUGGCGGGUGCAUCGGUCAUCGGACUAGGUAGCGUAUCGGGGGGCGCAGGUGCUGGGGGCUGCGGCGGCGGUACCGUCCUCGGAGGUAGCGUGGCGGUUCCAGGCGGCGUGCCCGGUAGCACCACCCUGACCGCCAUCAUGGAGACGAAAGACGCACGGAUAUCGACCCUGGAGAAAGAGGUGGCAUUGUUGGAGGCCGAGAUGCAGCGUAUUAAGGAGUGCGGUGGUAGGUUGCGGGAACAACUGCUGAAGGCUAUUGCUGUGCCAAGUAGCGGCGGCACGACACAGCAGCAGCAGCAGCAGCACCAGCAACAACAACAACAGCAACUGGGUAUCACACAGUCAACCGGCCUGGGUGGUCAGCAACAGCCCGGCACGUUGCCCCUGGCCAGGGGACCGUCCAUGAUGACCUCGCUGGUACCGUACGGUGGCCACGCGUCAUCCGCGGCACUAACCAGUUCCUUGCUUGCCGGUUCGACAGGUGGGACUACCGGUGGGGCCGGGCUCGGCGUUGGUGGUGGUUCCUCGUGCCUGGCCGGCAUCUCAUCGGGCACCACCACAGGCGUGGUCAAUCCAUAUACCGAUCGCUACUCUACCGAUCCCCAUCAUCCCCAUCAGUUGCAUCAUCACCAGCAUCACCAUCACCACCAUCUUCACCAGCAGCAUCAGCUGCAGCUGCAACAGCUGCAACAGCAGCAGCAAAUGCAGCAACACUUGAAACAAAUAGAGCCGGCGGCGGCUGGCGGCCUUGCGCUGCACGCUCACACCUUCAACAAGCACGACCUGAACUUCAAACGGCAAGUUGACUACUCGCGGCUGAGACGACUGCAUUUUGCAUACCAAACGCAAAAAUCUCAACAUGCGAGUCGAAUAUUGCUGGACGAGCUCCGGACGGAGGUACAGCGACGGGACCAGGAGCUGCUGGGGAUGUCGGCGAAGAUGAAAACGCUCGAGGAGCAACAUCAGGAUUAUCAAAGGCACAUCGCCGUGCUUAAGGAAUCUCUCUGCGCCAAAGAGGAACAUUAUAAUAUGCUGCAGGCUGAUGUCGAGGAGAUGCGGCAACGGAUGGAGGAGAAGAAUCGGAUGAUCGAGAAGAAAACGCAGGCGGCGAUGCAGGCGCAACAGGAGCGCAAUCGGAUGAACACCGAGCUGACUGAAAUCAAGGAUCACAUGGACAUCAAGGAUCGCAAGAUCAAUGUUCUGCAGCGCAAGAUCGAGAAUCUGGAGGACCUGCUGAAGGAGAAAGACAAUCAGGUCGAUAUGGCGAGGGCUAGGCUGACGGCGAUGCAGGCGCAUCAUUGCAGCAGCGAAGGUGCACUUAGCAGUCUCGAAGAGGCGAUCGGAGAUAAAGAGAAGCAAAUGGCACAAUUACGCGAGCAAAGGGACCGUGCCGAACAGGAGAAGCAGGAGGAGAGGGAAUUGCACGAGAGGGAGAUCGCCGAAUACAAAAUGAAAUUACAUACAUUGGAGUCCGAGGUUGAAAAAUUGGGCGCACGUUUGGAGCGAGCGCAGGCGGAGAAGGACCGGCUGGAGGCGAAGCUCGAGAGCUCGCAGUCCGAGCUUGGCAAGAGCAAGGCUGAACUGGACAAGGCUGCCUCCGAGGUCGGACGUAGCGGCGCGGACUGGGAGGCGGCGAAGCAGCGACUGGCCAGACUAGAACUGGAGAACGAAAGGCUGCGGCAGGACAUUGAGCGAUCGCAUGGCUAUGGCAGAAGUACGCUUAACACGUCCCAGGAGAUGGAACGCGUUCAGGAACGUGCCGACAAAACGGCCAGCGAAUUAAGAAGGGCCCAGGCGGAGCUGAGGGUCACGCAAGCGGACAAUGAAAGGGCACGUGCCGAGGCCGCAACCCUUCAAGAAAAGGUGGAAAAGAGUCAGGGUGAAGUGUACAGGCUCAAGGCCAGGCUGGAGAAUGCUCAAGGCGAACAGGAGAGCCUGCGGGAGGAAUACGACCGAGCACAGGCAUCCGUGGCUCGUCUUCACUCCGAGAGGGACAAAGCAGUCAGUGAACUCGAAAAAUCGCAGGAGGAACUUGAGCGCACGCAGGCCACCCUUGGUAAGGCGCAACUUCAGCAGGAUAAAUUGCAGAAUUUACUGGACAAAACGCAGAGCGAGGUCGACAAACUGCAGGAGAAACUCGAAAAGACGCAGACGGAAAUUCGUAGAAUGCAAAUGGAGAAAGAGAAACAGAACUACGACUUUGAGAAUCUGCAGAGCCAGCUUGAUAAAGCAUUAGGACAGUCAACGAGAAUUCAGAAAGAGCGAGAGGCGAUUCAGCUUGAUGUGGAUAGACUACAGGAUAAAUACGAAAAAGCUCAGGUCGUAAUGCAACGGCUGCAGAAAGAACGAGAUACCUUCCAAGAAGAGAUGGAGAAGAUGCACGAAAGGAUAGAAUUCCAACAGAAUCAAAUAGCUAAAAUGCAACGCGAGAAAGAGAAUGUACUCUCAGAACUCGACUUGGUGAAAGAGAGAUGGGAAAAGGCGCAUAAUACUCAUCAGAAAUUAACGUUGGAGCGAGAUGACGCGCUGACUGAAAUCCAGAUUCUAAAGGAAAAACUGGACAAGGCACAGUAUUCCAUGAAUAAGGCUCAAGAGGACCGAGAAAAUACUACCAAGGAAUUUGAAAAAAUGCUGGAAAAAUACGAUAGGUCGCAGAGCGAGGUGUACCGCCUGCAGAACCGCAUCGACGUAAUGGAGGCGGACAAGGACCGGUUCGAGCUGGAAGCGGAGAAGCAGCAAAUGUUGGCGACCAAGUCGCGCGAGGAGGCGCGCAAGGCCCAGGAGGAAUUGGCCCGGGUACAGGAAAUGUACGAUCGUGCGGCGUUGCAGCUCGGUCGCACAAAGGAGUACGAGGAAAAAUCAAAGGAGAACAUCGAUCGGCUGAGCGUCGAUCUGGAAAUGGUGCGCGAGCGCUACGAGAAGUCGCAAAUCGAGCUGCGACGAUUGCAGAACGAGCGCGAGAAGCUGGUGGCCGACAACGAGCGCAUCAGCUUCGAGCUGGAGCGCGCGCACUCGCAGCUCAACAAGGCGCAGGGGGCAACGGAGAAGACGCAGGAGGAGCUCGCGCGUAUGCAGCUUGAGAUCGAGAAGAUGUACGAGAAGCACGACCGUCAGCAGGCGGAGGUGAGGAAGGCGCAGAGCGAGGCGGAGCGGCUCCGCACUGAGGCUGAGACCGCGCGCGAGGAGGUCGAGAGGUACGCGACGCGUUUCGGCAAGUAUCAGGAAAGCCAGGAGCGGCAGAAGGAGGAGCACGAAUGGGCGAAGCUGGAGGUGGAGCGGCUGCGCGACCGUCUGGAGAAGGCGCUGGCGGAGCUCGAGCGCGCGCGGAAGGCUGAGCAGGACGCUUCGAGGCUGCGCGCCGAUCUGGAGCGUGCGGAAGGCGUGCGAGGUAAAUACCAGUACGAGCAGGAGAAGUGGCAGAGCGAGGGUAGUAGGCUACAGCAGGAGGUGGAAAAGCUACGCGAGCGGCUGGAAGGCCGCGAGGCCGAGCUGAAGAGGACGCAGUCGAACCACGCCGAGCUCGAGGCGAAGCUGCACGAGGCGCAGCUUCAGCUCGAGCGGGCGCGCGACGAGACCGGCAAGGCUACGUCGCAGCAGGAACGCAAUCGUGCGGAGAUCGAGCGUGCGCGAAUCGAGGCCGAGAAAAUACGCGACCGGCACGACAAGGUGAAGAUGCGGGCUGACGCGCUCGAAGCGGACAACGAGAAGCUGCGGGUCGAGAUCGUGCGGCUGGAACGGCUGAUGCAAACCGAGGGUAAGACGAGAUCCGAGAGCGCGAGUAUCGAGGUAGAGCGUCUACGAGCCAGCCUGGAUAAGGCGAUCGUGGCGCGCGAUCAGGUCGAGCUUGAGGCUGGCAGGCUCGCGAAGGAGCUCGAGAAGGCACAUCUGCAGACCUCCAAAUAUCAGGAGGCCACCGAGGCCAGUAAGAAGGAGCUCGAGCGUCUUGCCGCGGAUGUGCAGCUACUGCGAGACGAGCGUGACGCGCUGCGCCAGGAGCUGCGCCGUAUACAACAGCAACAGCAGCAGCAACAGCAGCAGCAGCAACUCGCCGGUAACGAGGAACUCGCCCGGUUGCAAUACGAGCUGCAGCUGGCGCAACGCGAGCGCGACAAGAUGGCAGCUAUCCUGGAGAAUCGGGAGAAGCACUCGGAGAAGAUGAAGGAGAAACUGGAGGCGGACGCGAAGCAAUUGCAAGUGGAGCGCGAUCAGCUGGUUAUACAGCUGGAGAAGUCGCAGGAAAUGUUGGUCAACUUCCAGCAGGAGCUUAGCGCGAACGAGGCCGAGCUUGAGCGUCAACGCGAGGAGGCUCGUCGUCUCCAACAGCGGGCCCACGCGCAGACACCCGAUCGCGCUGCUAAGGAGGCACUCGACGCGCAAAUGCGCGAAGUGCAGCGAUUGCAGCAGCAGGUGCAAAACCUACAGCAGGCGCAGCAGAAAGAGCGGCAGCGCGCCGAACAGGCGGAGAAGCGGGUGCAAGAGCUGCAGAAGCAGUUGACGUCACGCGGCCCCGAGACAACCCAAUCCGAUGCGGCUCAGCUCGAGCAGUGGCGGAAACUAUGCGAGACGGAGCGGCAGCGGGCGGAUACUGCCGAGCGCGAGGCUGGCGACCUCCAGAAACGGAUACAGACGACGGAACGGCAGCUGCACGCGCAUCAGCAGCAGAUACAACAGAUGCAGGUCACCAUGCAGCAACAGCAACAGCAGUUGCAGCAGCAGCAGCAACAGCAGCCCACACAGCAGAACGGCCAGGAGAUCGCCAGGCUGAGAAAGGAGUUGGAACGUUCGCAAGAAGAGAUUAAACAGGCGGCCGUGGAGCGCGAGCGAUUCCAGGCGCAGCUCGAGAUGCUGUGCCAGGAGCUGGAGAAGAAUCAGGUGGACUUGCACGAGGCGAACAAGAAACUCCAAGCUGGCGCCGCGAAAGCUGGCGCCGAUACUAUCCAAGAGAGGAAACAGAUGGAGGAACAAAGACGACAAUUGGACGAGCAGAGAAGACAGAUGGAAGAACGAGCGAAGUCCGUAGAUCAGAAAGCUAGAACGAUAGAAGAAAAGGAGAGGACACUCCAAAGUCUCGACCAAGAUCUGAAGAAGAGGAAGGCGAAAAUGGACCAACUGGAGCAACAGUUACAGAAGAGUGGCGGAGCGCCGGACAAGAGAUUAGCGGAAAUGCAAAAGGCGCUCGAGAUUGCCGAGAGGGAGUUAGAAAAAGCGAAGGAAGAAUCGGGCAGGAGCGCCGCCGAGACCGAGAGGCUAUUGCAGCUCGUGCAGAUGACACAGGAAGAGCAAAACUCCAAGGAGAAACAAAUCAGAGAACUUCAAGAUGCACUCAAAACCGCACAAGCUAAGUUGAAACAAGCUACAACUGCACAGCAAGAGGCGGGACCCGCCGGAUUCCUAAAAAGCUUGUUCUAAGGUCGAUUUUUGUUGGGGAUGCCUUCUCCGUUCUUUUUAGUACAAUUUGCAUAUUAUAAGCGAGACUUUACGAGUAUAGACAUACAUACGAGAGAUUUAAACGAAGGAUUGAUGUCGAUCCGCCAAUGGACAAAACCCACGUCGAGACAUAUAAUUAUUUUACGUAAAAUGCUGCGACCAUUGUUAACGUAUUUAAUAAUUAUAGCGAAAGGAUAAUAACGAUAAUAACACAACAAUAACUUAAUAUAUAAAUAUUGAAAAUAAAACUAUAAAUAUAAAUAUAUAAAUAUAAAUUUAACGCAGAGGAUAAAUUAUAAAUAUACAUAUUAACGCGACAACGCGAGAGAAAGACGACAACGGUAACAAUAAUGUUAAUUAUUAUUAUUAUUAUUGAGAAAAGACCGAAGUAUAUAUAAAUAUACCUACAUACCGGCGUACAUACAUACAAGAGAUACAAACACACUCGCAUUCAUCUGUAUAUACAUACUAUUACUCACACGAUCGCGGAAGUUAUACGUAUGUAGAUGUAUAUAUGUAUGCACACACGUAAAUAUAAAUAUAAAUACCAAUAAAAA